UCCCUUCUAUUAAUAGAGGGCCGUUCUCGCUGUUCUCAGCUCCACCUCUCCAUCCCUUUCGAUAUCUUGCUUGUUUUUAGGAUAAAAGAUUACCUGUCUGUCUCUGUUUUGUGGGUUUCGAAUUCGGUAUUUGGUUGGAGGGAGGGAUAUUUUGGGAGAUUUGUUUAUUCGAGUUCUUUGGAGGAAGGAUGGUUUCGUUGGUGUCUCGGCAGGGGAGGCAGCUGCAGCGGUACACCAGCGCCGGUGGCCGUCUUGUUGUCGGCUGCAUUCCAUACAAGUUCAAGAUUGACGAGCCAUGCAAGGAUGGCGUUGAUCAAGCAAUGGAGGUUCUCGUUAUUAGCUCUCAGAAAGGGCAUGGAAUGAUGUUCCCAAAGGGAGGUUGGGAGCUUGAUGAAACCAUAAAAGAAGCAGUUUCUCGAGAGGCUUUGGAGGAAGCUGGUGUACAAGGAAAUAUUGAGGGUAGCCUUGGCAAAUGGAUGUAUAAGAGCAGAAGCCAUGAUGCAUUUUAUGAGGGAAUCAUGUUCCCUUUGAAUGUAACAGAGGAAUUGGUUCAUUGGCCUGAGAUGGAUGUCCGAAAACGAAGAUGGGUGACGAUAGCAGAAGCAAGGGAGGGAUGCCAGCAUCCAUGGAUGAAAGAAGCAUUAGAUAGAUUAGUGACACGUCUCUCGAAUUUGAGUAGGCAAGAGACCGCUAUGGCGUAGGAUACCUUUCAUGAUCACACUCUCAACAGCUUCUACCUGGCUGUGUACAUACGAGCUGCUCGUCGCUGAGAUUUUUGCAUUACUCAGGAAUUCUUGACAACCUCUGGAAGGCCAUGCAAUCACAUCUUGGAUCAAUAUAGAAUUUGAAAGCAUAGCCUAAUGGCCCUAAUCAAAUAUUCUUUUACCUCUUACGAGAUUUAAAUUUUUUCCUAUGACAAGUACCUGAGGGAACAUCUCUCUUAGUGCUGCAAACCAUUGCAGUCUGUAUGAUAAUCUGUCACUCUCAUGUUAACCAGUCAACUAAAGCAUCUUUUAACUUACUUUUUUGCGUA